AUGGAUGCCGAUGUCGAUGGUAUCGAUGUCACUGAUGACGAUGACGACGAUGCUGGCAUAUUCAGCAUCGCCAGUGACUGCCACAGUGAGGACGAUGACACCCUCACUAGUGAAGACAACGUUCUUUCAGCAGUGCAUACGAAGCGCUGCUGGUGA